GUUCCCGCUUGGUUGCAUGGAACAGUAGUUAACCAGCUUGAGAGAGAGGAGGAAGACGGUCGGAGCGCAGCGGCGGCGGUGGAAGGACCUUGUUACGACCGACGACCGCAGCAUCGUGCACACCAUGGAAGCGCGGCCGCGGCUGCUCUUAGUCGUCGUCGCGAUCUUCGUGUCGAUAUCUGCCGUCGCGGCAGCCGUCAUAAACGUCAAGAACUACGGGGCCCAUGGCAAUGGUGUCAAUGACGACACCAAGCCACUGAUGGCGGCGUGGAAGGCAGCGUGCGGAUCAGCCGGCGCGGCGACGAUGGUGGUGCCGCCGGGGACGUACUACAUCGGCCCAGUGCAGUUCCACGGCCCCUGCAAGGCCUCCACCUUGACCUUCCAGCUGCAGGCAAGUCAUUCCCAUUAGUAGUGGCCGGACGGGACGCUCAAGGCCGCCACGGACCUGAAACGGUUCGGCAACGACUGGAUUGAGUUCGGGUGGGUGAACGGGCUCACCGUCGCCGGUGGCGUCAUUGACGGCCAGGGCGCCGCCUCGUGGCCUUUCAACAAGUGUCCCAUUCGCAAGGACUGCAAAGUGCUGCCAACAAGCGUGUUGUUCGUGAACAACCAGAACACGGUGGUGCGCGACGUCACGUCCGUGAACCCCAAGUUCUUCCACAUGGCGCUGCUGUCGGUGAAGAACAUCCGGAUGAGCGGGCUCAAGAUCAGCGCGCCCUCCAACAGCCCCAACACGGAUGGCAUCCACAUCGAGCGCAGCAGCGGGAUAUCCAUCAUGGACACGCACAUCAGCACGGGCGACGACUGCAUCUCCAUCGGCCAGGGCAACGACAACGUGGACGUGGCCCGCGUGCAGUGCGGCCCAGGCCACGGCAUGAGCGUCGGCAGCUUGGGUCGCUACUCCGGCGAGGGAGACGUCACACGGGUGCACGUCCGCGACAUGACCUUCACGGGCACCAUGAACGGCGUUCGCAUCAAGACAUGGGAGAACUCCCCUUCCAAGAGCAACGCCGCGCACAUGGUCUUCGAGAACAUGGUCAUGAGGGACGUGCAGAACCCCAUUAUCAUCGAUCAGAAGUACUGCCCCUACUACAACUGCGAGCACAAGUACGUGUCCGGGGUGACUCUCAAUGACAUUCACUUCAAGAACAUCAAGGGCACGGCGACGACGCCGGUGGCGGUGUUGCUCCGGUGCGGUGUGCCGUGCAGGGGUCUGGUGCUGCAGGACGUGGACCUUAGGUACAAGGGGCAGGGUGGUACAUCGGCCAAGUGCGAGAACGCCAAGGCCAAGUACCUUGGCUACCAGUUUCCCAAACCCUGCCCCUAGGUGCCGGUGCUUGUCCGGCCGUAUUUUAGCUCAUCUCUGUCCACUCUCUGGUGUCCGGUGAAGUGGGCUUUGAUUCUUCGGUCGUGUUCUCUAGACGUUUUUUCUUCUUCUCUUCUGGGUUUUCCUGUUUGCUUUCUUGAUUAGCUGAAUUUCGCGGUAUAAUGUCAGUUGCUUGUAUCAGUGAAUUUGUGAAUACCAGUCAUUGUUGAAUAUAUAUAUGGGGAAUAAUGCCUUGAUAAAUCCUUCC